AUGUCUAACAUACCAGAAAAUCCAGUAAUUAUUGUUGGUGGUGGGCUUGCAGGUUUAUCAGCAGCUCACCAAGCAUACUUAAGAGGGGCCAAUAUUAUUUUGCUUGAUAAACAGGGGUUUUUGAGUGGUAAUAGUGGUAAAGCAACCUCUGGGAUUAAUGGAUCAUUAACGAGAACACAAAUUAACUUGUCAAUUAAGGAUUCUGUUGAACAAUUCUAUGAGGACACCUUAAAGACUGCCAAAGAUAGGGCUAACCCCGAUUUGAUCAAGGUUUUGACUUAUAAUUCGGCAGAUGCUGUACAUUGGUUACAAGAAGUAUUUGGCUUGGACUUAUCUGUGGUAUCGAGAUUAGGGGGUCAUUCACAGCCUAGGACACAUAGAGGAAAGGAUGCAAAGUUUCCGGGAAUGGCAAUCACCUAUAAGCUUUUGGAGCAUUUAGAAAACUUGUCUGAAAGUGAGCCCCACAGAGUCAUGAUUUUGAAGAAAAGUCAAGUUAUCGAUUUGAUCAAACUGGAUGACGAUGAAUUCAAGAUUGUUGGUGUUAAAUAUAAGGACUUAACUGACAAGCUGAAACAUGAGUUGUUGGGGCCAGUUAUUAUGGCUACCGGUGGUUAUGCAGCAGAUUUCACUAAGAAUUCAUUAUUGAGAAAAUAUAGACCAGACAUCAUUGAUUUACCAUCCACCAAUGGUAACCAUGCUACAGGUGAUGGUCAAAAGAUUGUUAUGAAAAACAAGGGUAUUGGUAUCGAUAUGGAUAAAGUCCAGGUGCAUCCAACUGGGUUAAUCGAUUUAAAUGACAAGGACGUCAUAAAUGGUAAGACUGCACCAAGGUUCUUGUUCUUGGGAGCAGAAGCUUUAAGAGGUGAGGGUGGUAUUAUCUUGAAUAAUAAGGGUGAAAGAUUUGUGGAUGAAUUAGGAACAAGAGACUAUGUGAGCGGUGAGAUGGAAAAACAAAUCAAGGCAGGUAAUGGUCCAUUAAGAUUAGUUUUAAGUACCAAGAGUGAAAAGAAUUUGCUGUUCCAUAUCAAACAUUAUACUCAAAGAAAUCUUAUGAAAACUAUUAGUGGUGACGAAUUGAUAAAAGAAAUGGGAUGCAGUAAAGAGACAGUAGACAAGCAAUUCGAGAAGUAUAAUAAAGCUGCUUCUGGUGAAACUGAGGAUGAAUUUGGAAAGCAAUACUUUCCAAACACUCCAUUUGAAUUUACCACUGAUAGUAAAUACCAUGUGUCGUUUAUCACAAGAGUAUUACAUUUUACUAUGGGAGGAGUUAAGAUCAACGAUAAGACUCAAGUAUUGUAUGAUGAUAAUGAACCAUUCAACGGGUUAUAUGCAUGUGGUGAAGUUGCUGGUGGUGUCCACGGACAUAACAGAUUGGGAGGUUCAUCUUUGUUAGCUUGUGUUGUUUAUGGUAGAGUUGCAGCCGAUCAAGCUUCUGGCCAUCUCUUACAAAGAUUAGCAGCAGCUAGUAAUGUAGCUAGUAAUGACACUGGUAAUGCUGCUCAAGAGAGUAAUGGAAGCGGAGCAGUUAGUAGAUUACAGCAAAUCAAUUUCCAUAUUGAUCCGAAUCAUCCUCAACAGAUUACAAUUGACUGGCUGGAUAGUAAACAGGACCAGGUAUCAAAGGCUGAACAGCUGUCGCAACAUAAUCAGCAGCAGCAACAACAACCGCAGAAUCAACCUGAACCUCAGAAGCAACAAGAGCAAUCGAAAGAAAAGAAGGAUAAUACUGGACCAUUCGAAAUUCCUUCAAAAGAAUUCACAGCUGAAGAAGUUGCUAAGCACAACAAGAAAGAAGACUGUUGGUGCAUUGUAAAGAAUGUUGUAUUAGAUUUGACACCAUUUUUAAAGGAUCAUCCAGGUGGUGAACAAUCCAUUUUGAACUUUGCGGGUAAAGAUGCUACUGAAAGUUUCGAUAUGCUUCACGAAGACAAUGUUGUUGUUAGAUACGCCAAGAGCUGUGUUUUAGGUAGACUUAAGGGUAAAACACCAGAGCUUGACAUUUAG